AUGCCUAGCCUCCGAGGCAUCGAGAUUUCCAUCUCUACGAGCCCAGACGAUGAACGAAUCCCCGAGUACCCGCAUCCAGAAGGUUCAAGAUGUCCAGCUCGUAGCUUCUCUCAGACUGUUCCCGACGAUAUACCCAAGAGCUUGGCCACGACCUUUCACCCAACCCCGGCUCAGUACCACAAGUAUGGCCCGUCAGUGUCUGUCUACAUUCCAUCUGUUUCUGGAACCCGUUUCUCAAUCAACUAUGCCGUCAACGCUCCGCCGCCUUCCCCUUGCAAGUUUGUUUUCUUUCGACUCUACAUGAACGCCAGGCCCAUUUCCGCCUGGGGGAUUGAACCAGCUGUCAAGGAUAAUGGAAGGGUAGUCAAGUCCCUCUGGGCGCCAACAUCUCGAUACAUGGACCAAGUCGGGAUCGAAAGCCGCAACUUCGUCUUCUUGCCAGGCCAGGAGCACAAAUCUGUGGCAGAGGAUGGCGGUUUGAUUGAGAUACAAGCCUUUCGCGCUAAAGCACGGCGGGCUAGAGCUCCAAAGCUGGAAGAAUAUCGACUCCAAGACAACUAUGGCAUAGCGGUUGGUCUUGUUGAACAACCUCAAGACAUGUGUUACUACACCUUCAUAUUGAUGGAUCCCAAGGAGUCACCCUUUGCCUCGUUCCGUUUUCACUACCGCACCUGGAGUAACCUCGAGCAGCUGAACUUGAUCCCCACAAAGGAGCUCGACUUUCUCCGAAACAUCUCGCCAAACACAAAGCGUGAUAGCGGCCCAAGUAUCGACUCCACCGAGAACGGUUCAUCGGAAGAGGUUCGGUCUCCUUUGGAGAAUUCGGAUGAGGCAGUCUUUGACGACAGCGAAGAGGUGGAACAAGAAAACGUCUUGCGUCGCAAACCCUCGGUCUACGUGCUCAACACGCCACCCGAGCGGUUCCAGGUUUCCACAUCCAAGGCUGUGCUGCCCCAGCCGAGCAAAGCACUUAGGGAUUGCUACCGUGAGUCGUAUCUCCAGCGCCCUCUGCCAGAACUCCCCAUUCACCAGCUUUCUGGCAGACCUUCACGACGAUCCUCGGCUGCAUCUGCCGUCUCUGCAGUGUCGGGAGCUCCCUCAAUAACGCCUUCGCUUUGCCAACAUAUCGACGAUGACUCUUUUAGUUUGGAUAACACCGAGUUUGGCGUUGCAGCGAUGGCGAAGAGGGUUAGGUCGCCCGAGUCUGUGAGGCAGCUUGUCACCCCUGAGGCGGAUGAGAUAGUUGAUGUUGGCAACGAAGAGGAGUAUUCGAUUUCUAAUUAUGAAAUGUCGCCUCUUUCGACGAAUGGAUCGAUCACCGAGUCGAGGUUGUCUCCUGGGGGGUAUUACCCGAUGACGGGAAGCAAGUUUGAUAAUGGACUGGCGAGUUUUUCGCCACCGCAUCGACACCAAGCUGCUUACCCGCUCAGGCAGUAUACCAGGCCGCCGUCGGUGUCGUUUUUCCAUCCUCAGCAGGAGAAUCAUCAUCAGAAUAUUGAUCAGUUGAUCACUCAGCAGGAGACGCUGACGUUGACGGAGGCGCAGUGGAUGAGCCGCAGUCCUUCUCCUCCACAGACGACGCAAGGAGGAGAUGAUGGGAGACGACGUGUUUGGAGCCCGAAGGCGGCGGAGAGGGUUGGCAGUAGGGGGGGCCUUUUUUCUGGGUUGAAGAAGAAGAAGUUUAGUGCUUCACCUAGGAAGCUUGCGCAGAUGGUUAGGAGGAGGGAGGUCUCUGUUGGUGAUAAGGGGGAGACGGGGAGUGAAGGGAGUGGGGAGAGGGUUGGGAACUGGAUUUGA